CAAAACAAGCAAGAAAUUGAUGACAUUAUCCUUUUGUGGGAAGACUAAUCCAACUGAAACAGAGGGAAAUGGAUUGAAUCAGAAUAACUACUCGAAUUUCAUCUCCAUCUCCGCCGAAUCUUGGCUACUUCUUGUUAAUUCCAAAGGAAAACCGGUAACGAAAAGGGGAAUUCUGGGGGCUAAUGAUCAGUUCCGGCGUCGAAAUCCGUGAGGAAAUCUGAUCGCGAACAGAGUAGCAACAGUUGUAUGGAUUAUCACUGAUUCAGAAUCGGAAUCGAAGCUCGAAAAUGGGCAGUGAAGUGGAAGAAGGUGAAGAAGAAGCAGAAGAAGAAGAAGAAGAAGAAAAGCGGCCGCCUGAUCAACAGUUGCAGCAGCAGAAGAAGAAUCGAUCGUUGAAGAGUAAAGCAGCUCUCUUCGUAUCUGAUCUUACCACCGUUAUCUUCAACCCUAUCUCCGAUUCCUUGCGCAAACCCGGGCCGCCCCUAUUACCUGAAGAUAUAUCAUCAGACUCUGAGAAAAGUAAACCAGAGUCAGACGAGGAGGGUCCCCGGGAUAUAUCUGGCGGUCCUGAUACAUCAUCAUUUACAGCCUUCCUGUAUUCCCUACUCUCAAAUACAAAAUCUGGGACCCACUCUAGUGUAAAAGGAAACAAUGAGAAGGAUGAUAAUGAAGCCGAGCCAUCUGAACCAAUCGGGAGAGGUAUACUCUCAAGGGGAAAACAGACAAUAGGGAGAGCCUUUUACCAAUUUUCUAGGUUGGGAGGGUCCCAAAAUAAGGGAAAUUCUGAUGAGACGGGGGUGAUUGAAGACAAAGGUAAUUCCAAAGGCGAUAGAGAUGAGGAGGGGAUGAUUAUGAAAAAUAUGAAAGAGGGAGGACCGUUGAGCAAUCUUCCUGAAAUCUCUGAACCCUCAUAUCUUCUCUCAGAGAAGACACGAAUGGCUCUUUAUGCUGCACUUCCUGUCAUUGUUAAGGACCGGAAUUGGGUGAUGCUAUACAGUACAUGGAGGAAUGGCAUAUCACUUUCAACUUUGUACAGGAGAAGCAUGCUAUGGCCGGGCCUCAGUCUUUUGGUUGUAGGAGACCGUGAUGGCACGGUAUUUGGAGGGCUCGUUGAAGCACCCCUAAGGGCAACAACUAAGAGAAGAUAUCAGGGAACAAACGCUUCUUUUGUGUUCACAAAUGUAUCUGGAGAUCCUAUUAUAUUUCGUCCUACAGGUAUUGCUUUCCUACAUUUUUCCACCCAGCAAUCACAUUUACAGGACUACCCUCCAAAUAAAUUCCAGAGUACUAUUUUCUAUAAGGUACUUUAAAUAAUACUCCUUAAUAUAGAAGAUUUCAUUUGUUCACUAUCAAUAAGUUUAUUUUUAUUUAAAGUUUGAGAAUAUAAAUGGAGAACUACUUUCCACAUAUAAUCAUCAUCAUCCCCACCCCAAUCCCAACUAGUUGGCUUUAGUGGCAUUAAGUUUAUAAUGUAAAUUAAUAAGCACUACAAAUUCAUGCAAAAAGCAUAGUGGCUAGAAAUUGAUGCAUUUCUUGUUUAAGAUGCAGUUUAUUGGAAUAAUUCAUACGUAGGAGUAUAAUACGAGUACUUUUCAAAUUCAUGGAUCAUAACAUUAUUGUGAGAGGAGUUUUUAGUUAUUAAACUAACAGCAUGCUUCAUCAUAUGCAGGUGUGAAUCGCUAUUAUACUAUGUGCUCCACCGACUACUUAGCAUUGGGUGGCGGUGGUCAUUUCGCGCUUUACUUGGACGGGGAUCUCAUGACGGGAUCAAGUGCCGCUUCUGAAACAUAUGGAAAUCCGUGCUUGUCAUCCACUGAAGAUUUCGUCGUGAAGGAGGUUGAGCUGUGGGGUUUCGUGUCCGCAUCAAAGUACGAAGAGAUAGUGAGUCUUCUGAAAACGGAGGUGCCCGGAAUUUGCCGGUGGUGAAUAUCGUGUUUUUCAUAACUUGUGUGUGUGUGUUGUAAACCUCUUUUAUCUUCAAUGGCUAUGGUUGUUAAUAUUUGGCCAACAUUUUCAACAACAGUGUAUAUAUUAGUCCCUACACUAUUGUCAUUUGGAAGUAGUCUUUUUUUUUUAUUCUUCAAUUUAUUCCAGUUAUCUAGACUCCAAACUAUUACAGGGU